UUUUUUUUUUUUUUUUUUUUUUUUUUUCCAUGGUGGUUGUAACUUGUAAGGCGUAAUCAGUUCGUCCGCUUUGUUAGAACCAGUGAAUACAUCGAUGCAUACAGGGAAAAAUCGUUGAUCUAACAAGAAACUGCAGCUACUAGUAAUAGUCAAAUAGAUUUGAAGCCAUGAUAAAACUAUUUGAUGCUCAUUGUCACCUACAAGACCCCAGAAUCAUCAACAAGGCCCCAAGUGUUAUCAAAACAGCCCUAGAGAACGGCAUACUCCAUUUUGCAGUGAAUGGUGUCUCUGAGAAAGACUGGCAUUUGGUAAAGGAGAUGAGCAACAGCUACCCUUCUAUAAUCCCUUCAUUUGGAAUCCAUCCAUGGUUUAUAAUGGACAAAACCUCCAACUGGUUGAAACUCUUAAGAGAAUUCAUGGAUGAUACACCUUGUGCUGCAAUAGGAGAGAUUGGUUUAGACAAAGGGUCACGUGGAAAGACUAUUGAUUUCACAAAUCAAGUUGAAACUUUCAGCCUGCAACUUGAACUUGCUAAAGAGCUUAAAAGGCCAGCUUCUGUACACUGUGUGCGUGCUUUUGGUGAUCUUCUUGAUGUAAUGAAAGCUAUUGGACCUUUUCCUGAAGGUGUGAUCUUGCAUUCUUACUUAGGUUCUGCUGAAAUGGUUCCUGAGUUUGCAAAACUCGGGGCUUAUUUUUCCUUUUCGGGGUUUCUUAUGGCCAUGAAAGAAAAUAAAGCUAAGAAAAUGGUGAAAGCAGUGCCUUUUGAUAGGAUUUUACUGGAGACUGAUGCACCUGAUGCAUUACCAAAGAUAUUGAAUGAUUCAGAGUCUGUUUUCUUGGUUGAAGAAGAAGAGGGAAAUGAUGAAGAGCUGAAAGAGAUGCUUAAUCAUCCAGCUAAUAUCCAGUUUGUGCUUGCUUAUGUGGCGCGUUUGCUUGAUAUGUCUAAAGAAGAGCUUGCAGAUGUGAGCUAUAGAAACGCAGUGCGUAUCUUUUCUUAUGAAGGCUCCAAAGUGCAAAAAGAUUAGUUCAGAAUUCAAGGCAUCCGAAACUCUGCUUUCUCUGAACCAUUAAGAGACUGAAUCAUUCAGCAGUAGAUGGUCCAGUUUUAUCAAACGGCAUAGUUGUGUACAAUAUUUAUAGUAUAGAUUCGUGUUAUGAAGUUUGUAUCCAAAGGCUAUUUCUAUUUUGGUUAAUGCAAUAUUCUUAAUAGAAGUUAA